AUGGAGGACAAAUUGAGCAAGUUGUCCAUCAGCGACGACGGCUUUAGCACCUUUGACCUGGGCGACUUUCGUCUCUCCUCCGGCACCGUCCUGCCCGGCGCCUACAUUGCCUACAAGACCUACGGCGACUCGGCCAGCCCGGCCAUCAUCUACCCGAGCUGGUUCAGCGGGCUCAUCUCGGACAACGAGUGGCUCAUUGGCGCCGGCAAGGCCCUCGACCCGGCCACGUAUUUUAUCAUCGUCCCCGCCCUCAUCGGCAACGGCCAGUCCGUCAGCCCGUCCAACACGCGGGAGCGCCGCGGCACGGGCGCCAAGUUUCCCGACGUGACGGUCAAGGACAACGUCACGGCGCAGCACCGGCUCGUCACCGAGGGCCUGGGCGUCAAGCACGCGCGGAUGGUGCUCGGCUGGAGCAUGGGCGCGGGGCAGACGUACCAGUGGCUGACGCAGUUUCCCGACUUUAUGGACCUCGGCGUGCCGUUUUGCGGGAGCGCCAGGACGGCGAUCCACAACCAGGUGUUUCUGGAAGGCGUCAAGAGCGCGCUGCUGGCGGCGAAAAGAGGCGCGAGCGCGGGGAGCGCAAACGGCGAGGUGGCGCAGAGGAAGGAGGGUGGAGGGUACGCGCAGUGGACGGACGAGGAGCGCGCGGCGGGGAUGAGGGCCUUUGGCAGGGUGUAUGCGGGCUGGGGCUUCAGCCAGGCGUUUUACCGAGAGAGGCUGUACGAGAGCAAGAUGGGCUUCAAGGACCUGGAGGAUUUCAUGGUGAAUUUCUGGGAGAAGUGGGCUCUCGCCAAGGAUCCGGAGAAUAUGCUGCACAUGCUGCACUCGUGGCAGGCGGCCGACUGCUCCGACCAGGAGCCCUACAACAAGGACUUUGAAAAGGCCAUGGCCGGCAUCCAGGCCAAGACGCUGGUCCUCCCCAGCAAGACGGAUUUGUACUUUCCCCCCGAGGAUUCCGAGUACGAGGUCAAGUGCAUGCGCGAGGGCAGAGGAAAGUGCAUUCCCUUUCCCUCCAUCUGGGGCCACUGGGCUGGCGGACCGGGCUCGAACCCGGAAGAUGUCAAGUGGCUGGACGACAAGCUCAAGGCUUUCUUAAAGGACGAGUCUUGGUGA